AUGCCGACCUUUUAUAAUCCCUUUGAAACCAAACAUCGACGACGCACCUCUCGUGCUCAAUUCAAAUUAUUGGAGACAUCUUUUUAUGAAAACACCAAACCCAAUGCAACAAUGCGACGAUGGUUAGCUCAGAAACUAGGGAUGACACCUCGUAGUGUACAAGUAUGGUUUCAAAAUCGACGAGCCAAAGCAAAA